GGUCAGGGCUGCGGGGGGGUUUAUUACCCUGGCAGAAAUAAGGAGAGAUUCUCCAGAAGCGGUUUGGCAGAAGAAAGCAAGGAAACGGAGCGAAACAAACCAUCAGUGCGUGUCUGUUCAACGCAGGUACUUUCCCAAAGAGGCAGAGUGGAUGUUUGGCCUUUUUUGAUCGCUUUUCUUUCCGUCCAUUUUUUUUGUCUCGUACUGCGGUGGAGCGCAGAGGAUUUUGGACCGUGCGUAAUUGUGCAGAGAGUUGAUCGUUGCGCUGCGUCAGGAUGCGCGUCUGGCCGCUUCUGGCUCUCCUCUGCCUGAUGUGCACAGGACGCGCUCAGAAGUUCUCCGCUCUCACGUUUCUGCGUGUGGACCAGGAUAAGGAGUGCAACAUGGAUUGCACCGGAGCUCCUCAGAAACCCCUGUGUGCCUCUGAUGGCCGAACCUUCACAUCUCGCUGCGAGUUCCUCAGAGCCAAGUGCCGCGACUCCCAGCUGGAGGUCAGCCGAGGGCCGUGCAAAGACACAUCCAGAUGUGUUGCAGAGAAGAAGUACACAGAACAACAAGCCAAGAAGCAGGUCUUUGUUCCAGUUUGCAACCCCGAUGGCACUUAUAGCGAGGUUCAGUGCCACAGCUACACUGGAUACUGCUGGUGUGUGACCCCCAAUGGACGACCCAUCAGUGGUUCCUCCGUGGUCAAUAAAAAACCUCGAUGCCAAGGUUCAAAACAGGACAGAGCAGCCCCCAUGGAGCCAAGACCAGCUUCAAAACAAGAAAGAGGAACCCCCAUAGAUCCAAAACCAGUCUCCUUGCAAAUAUUCUCCAUUCUAAAUGCAGAACCUAUGGCGAUGGAGCCACAGUCUCCGCCAGAGGAAGAAGACGUCACUUCCCCGUACCCUGAUCUGUGGUUGGAACAGGUCCGCAGCCGGCAGAAUAGAUCCAGAGCAUCCUCGUCAUCGUGUGACCAGGAGCAGCAAUCGGCUCUGGAAGAGAGGAAGCAGCGUAAUAACGACGCUGUGUUUGUGCCAGACUGUGCCCAAGGCGGAUUCUACAAGCCGGUCCAAUGCCACCCCUCCACCGGCUACUGCUGGUGUGUGCUUGUUGAUACAGGACGGCCAAUACCAGGGACGUCAACCAGGUAUGAACAGCCAAAAUGUGACGGUAAUGCCAGAGCCCAUCCAAAUAAAGCAAAGGACCAUUAUAAAACCAGACAUCUCCAAGGUUGUCCUGGGGCAAAGAAAACAGAGUUCUUGACGAGUGUUCUUGAUGCGCUGUCGACAGACAUGGUGCAUGCUGUCACAGAUCCAGCCUCUGCCGGAAGGAUGGCAGAGCCUGACCCCAGCCACACUCUGGAGGAGAGGGUUGUCCACUGGUAUUUCAGUCAGCUAGAUAAAAAUGGCAGCGGAGACAUCGGAAAGAAGGAGAUCAAGCCUUUCAAGCGUUUCCUGCGCAAAAAGUCCAAGCCAAAAAAGUGUGUGAAGAAGUUUGUGGAGUACUGCGACAUCACCAACAACAAGGCGCUUUCCCUGCAGGAGCUGAUGGGCUGCCUCGGGGUGACCAAGGAAGAAGGAGUCAAAUCUGGGGAAGACCUGCCCUCCAGUAAACUAAACCCCUCGAGGAAGCAGGGAUAAGCCCGACUUCUAAGACCGCCCUCUCAGUCCGAGAAUCUGCCCUCACCCAUCGGCAACAGUGGAAACCAUAGUAUUUGCACUUUGUACUUUAAAAAAAAAAAGAAAAUGUAAAUUCACUUUGUAGAAAUUAGAUAUUUAAACAGACUGCUGAAUCUG